UGAUUACGUAAGAACUGAUGAACUUUCAACUUUGUUUUCUGAGUCGAGAACAUGAAAUUUUUUAACUGGCAUUGGCCGGUAAAAGACUUCCGUAAGCCUUCACCACAUUGGUAACGCCCAUUAUUAUAAAGUUGGAUUGCGAAAAAAUGUCACUUAAAAACAUUAAAUUUGGAAGUAAAAACGGAGAUGUGGGUUUGGACACAGAAUUUGCAAGUAACUUCGAAUGCUUUUACAUUGGAAACGUACCAAGAGAUUACCACUCCGCUGAUCUCAGACAUUUUUUUGCAGAGUUUAUCGAAAAAGAAGCGUUAAAAUGUUUUCACUACCGACAUCGUCCCGAAACGCAGAUAAUAAUAAACGAAACAGCGUCGCAAAUCUCGGGCGAAAAUGAAAAGCAAAAGUCCGAAACGUGUUGUUGUCUAGUGCAAAUAUAUUCGAAAUACGCGAAAGAUUUUACGAAAAGAUACAAAGGUAAGGUUUGGGCUAACAAAUUAGGUUUAUCUCACAAAAGACUCGUUAAUAUCACAAGCGUAAAAGUUGUUUCGAACCCUAACCCGCUAGGGCGGUUUAAAUCGAAACGAGAACUACGAAGCGAAACUCACCAGCAUAGUCAGGAGAUAUACGCAGAGGAUUUAAAAACUUUUAUCGAGUUUAAUCCUCCAAACGCAGUGAUGCCGCAUGGGAAUGUUGGGACACCGAGUAAAUUCUUUCACAAACUAAUUAGCCAAUGCAAGCUACCUAGUAGCGUGAUAAAGAGUUUAGGGUUGACCUUUCCGAAAAGUGGACGCAAAAAACAAUACAGCUCGGUUUAUAUGAGCUACGGUGCAGGUCCAGGAAAUGCUAGCGUAGUAGACUCCCAUCAAAAUUCUUGUGAUCAAAGCGACAAUGAAGACUCGAAUGAAAAGGGCGAUAACAUCGAUGUGGAAGAUUUAGGUGAAGAUCAUGAUGCAGAGGACUGGGAACGACACGAGGCAUUACAUGACGACGUGGAUAAUCAAGCUCGUCCUAAAGAGAGGCUGUUCGAGGAAGACUUAGAAGUAAAGUGGGAGAAGGGAGGCAGUGGGCUGGUGUUUUAUACUGACGCCUACUACUGGCACGAGAUGAAGGGGAAAGAUUUUGAUGAAGAUACGGUGGAUGAUUGGGAUGUGGAUUAUAGUGUAUAUUAUGAGGAUGGCGCCGGUGAUAAAGCCGCCAGAGACCAGUUAAAAAUGAGAAUAGAACAACGAAGACGACAAGGAAAAAACGAUGGACCAAAGAAAUAUUCCGAAAUAAGAAGGACUGAAAGAAAAAACAGGGACCGAAUGAAUAACGGGUUUGCAGAAUUUGAAAAACACUCAACCGGUUUUGGUAGUCGUAUACUAAAAAAAUCGGGUUGGAAAGAAGGUGAUGGCGUUGGUUCAUCCCGAAAAGGAAUAUCGGAACCACUAGACAUAGUCGGACAAUCCGCACGCGAGAAAGUUGGAUUGGGUUAUUAUGGUGAGAAACUCGAUAGGACUGCUUGCGCGAAGAAAAAUAAGGCGGAAAAAGAUGUUUAUAUAUCGACAAUUUACGAUGAUCCCGACGGCGAACAGAUUGACGCAAUGAGGUUCGCUGGAAAAGAACUUUUAAAAUAUCGACCGAAAGCUAUUAAGUUUCAAAACGAAAAGAAGAAAAAGGAGACGAUGACUAAACAGUAGUGAUAGGGGUAGGGGGAGAGGGAGGAGAUGGAGUGGGAAGAGGAGGAAAGGGCUGCCCCGUAGUUUUAUUUCCAAUCUCUAUCAAACACUGACCUGUUUUGUAACUUUUUCUGUCCCAAACUUUCUCUUAUGUGGAACUUACGAUGGCCCUGAAGGGUCAUACACUUCUCACCAAAUUUUUUUACUUCCCGAUUUUUUUUUUACUUCCCGCUAAUUUUUUUUUACUUCCCGCUACUUUUUUUUCACUUCCCGCUUUUUUUUUCACUUCCCGCUUUUUUUUCACUUCCCGCUUUUUUUUUCACUUCCAGCUUUUUUUUUCACUUCUCGCUUUUUUUUACUUACAUAAAAAUUCACUCCAAGCACUUUUUUUAUUGUCUCAUGACAACAUUCAAACAUGGCGACGGUUCCAGAUGAGAUAAAAACAGUAGUGGUAAAGUA